UUUUCAGCUCAUGAGAUUCAUUUGAUUUGGUUAAUUGGAUUAAUUUGUACUUCUUUCACCAUCUUGACUGUUAACCGGAUUAUUGACCGGUUUAUCUCUGUUUAACUCGCAUUAUCUUUCAGUGCGCACUAUCAUAAUGGUCCCUCAAGUUUUUCCCGGUUAUUUUAUUUUCUGGUUUCAACAACUUGUUUCUCAUUGUUUACCUUUUUAAUUCUGUAUUUUUGUAUUUAUUUAUUUGUAUUUCUGUUUUUAAUAAGUUUUUUGUUAGUAUAUUUGUUUAUUAGAAUUGACAAAUCGUCUUGUGCCUUGCUAUGGAUCUUUUUCUCACCGAAGAAGAUUAUCUGCCUGCCGAGUUUGAUGAGUUACCUUUGGAUGAGGCUAUUUUAAGAGUUCGUGAACUAGAAGAUGAAAGACCAUCAAAGAAAAAGAAAUCAAAGGGAGAAAAGGUUAAACGUAAACGAGCUCCAGAAGACGAUGAGGAUGGUGAUCCCGAUAAGCAAAAUGAUGAAUACGUAGAGGAAGAUGGUUGGUUGGUCAAUGAUCUUGGCGAUGAUGGUUAUGCUGGUUACGAAGAGGAGGAUGAUGAAGAAGACGAUGACGAUGAUGGUGAUCAGGAGCGACCAAAGGUUUUUGGUGAAGAUGAAGCAGAAGAGGUAGAUGAUGUAUCUGGCAAGCCAAAAAAGCCAAAGAAUGAUGAAAAGGAAGAAAAGGAGAAGAAGAAGCGACGAAUAAUUCAUAAAGGCCCAAGAGUGACUCUCAAUGUUGAUAGAUUGAAACAUUUUAAUGCUUUGCCCGUGCUACCUGGUAUUUUGAGAAAAAUGAAGUUCAAAGGUA